AUGGGUUGGUUUUGGGCAGACACUACUCCUUCGGCACCCGCCACACUCGUUGCGCCGCACCCCAUGCCCGCAGGCGACGUGAACCCUCCUCCACAAUGUCCGAUGCACAAGCCUGCGAAAGCACCUGUGCAGGCAGAGAAGGCGCAAGUCCCCAAAGGCGCAUGCCCUUACGUACCGCCUGAGAAUGCAUCGACCCCCGAGCCCAAGACUGGCCUACUCGCAAAGCUGAACCCGCUCAACAACAUGUUCUCCGAACUCGACAACAAGAAAGCCUCCAUACAGUCUCGCGAUCUCCCCCUCUCUCGCGAAGCCUCCACAAUCCCCAAAGGCGAUGGCUCGCUAUGGGAGUACCCCUCGCCGCAACAAAUGUACAACGCCAUGCUUCGCAAAGGAUACACCGACACCGACGUCACCGCCGUCGAGUCCAUGGUCUCGGUACACAACUUUCUGAACGAGGGCGCCUGGGCGGAGAUCAUGGGGUGGGAGCGCCGGUUCGCGCGCGGCCUGAAGGAGGGCUACGAGAUCUGCAAGAACGGCGAGCAGCUCGCCGACCUGAAGCUGGGCGUCGGCACAACCGAGGAGGGCAUCUUCGACACAACCACCUGGGACGUGAGAGACGUGCCGCCCCCGAAGCUGCUGCGCUUCACGGGUCGCCCGACCGAGAGGACGCCCAAAGCCACAAUCACGCAGUGGCUGGGCUGGAUCAACCCUGAGAAAUACGGCACGGCGCCGCCGUUCGAUCGCCACGAUUGGUUCAUCGAGAGGUGCAACGAGCAGGGGUGCAAGGAGGUUCGCUACGUGAUUGAUUACUACGAGGGCGAGGCCGAGUCCGACGACGAGCCCGUGUUUCAUCUGGAUAUCAGGCCUGCCGUGGACGGACCAACCAGCGCAGCCGAAAGGCUGAUUCGCUCAGGCACCGAGUUCUGGUGGCAGGCCAGCGGUGGGAGUGUGAGGAUGCUGAGGAAGCUCCAGGAAGAGAAGAAGCGCAGAGAGGAGGAGGCAUCUGCCGCCAGCAGGCACUACAACUAG